AUGAGCGUGGUUAGUUUCUUUAUAUUUUAUACGAGUUUUGUAAGUGCAAAUAAUAAUAAUAACGAUAGAUAUAGUAGUAGUAGUAGUAGUAAUAGUAAUGAUAUAAAUAAUAAUAACAAUAAUAAACAAGAAAAUAAAUCAAUAGAUUCAGUAAAUAAAUAUCUUUGUAAUGUCAACCCAACUUAUAAUACAUCUUUUACAUGUCAACCAUUUACACCAUCUUCAAACAUAAGAAAUUGUACACAUAUAAAUGAUUGUAUAAAUGCAAUCAAUGGUUUAGGAUUAUCACAAAUAGAUAUUUUAAAUAUAAAUAUAUUCGGUAGUCGUUAUAGUGGACCUGAAAACUGUGGUGAUAUCGCCGGACAAAUCGGUGUUUGUCGCACCGGUGGUCGAUUGCUCGGGGCAACCAUCGUUCAUCUCACAUAUACUCUCGAAUACACUGAUCGAUUCGAUGUCGAUUCAGAAUGCCUACGACUCGUGCAUCAACGUACCGGCCAACUCCAACACGUUCACUCUGAUGAUCUCAAACUCCACCUUUCAGAACUGCUCCGGUCAGUAUGGUGGCGCCAUCCAGCUGACCUAUCCAAACUCACUGAAUGUGCCGCCGUACACUCGGGUGGCGCCAUCUACAGCGAUGGCACGACCAUCGUCAGCAGCGACUUCCUCUCGAAUGUCGCCGAGCGCGGCGGUGCCAUCUUCUCGCCGGUCUUCACCACCAGUGAACUCCUAGUCAAUCAGACAGAGUCAGCUGCGUUCGAACGUCGCCGAAUACGGUGGUGCCAUCUACUCGUCGGAGUUCCAGACCAGCUACUCGACAUACCACGGCAACAUCGCCACUGGCUUUGGUGGCGCCGUCUACUCGGAAACCAUUGA